GCUGUCCCGGCCGGGUCAGCAGACUGCCCAUGUCAGCGACUCACUGCCACAAAAUCGGGAAACUCACGGGGAAAAUUAAACCCUGCCGAUAACGGGACUUUUUUGGAGAGUCAGUACGAGUCAAGGGCAAGCUCAGGACAGCUCUGCAUCACAUUCCCAUUCCCACAGUCAACCCGAAUUCUGGGAACGAGUCUCAGCAGAGGAAGCGCUGACCGGCACCGGGCGGAGCGCCGGGAGCUCUGAGGGAGCUGACACCGGAGGAGAGGAGGAGACAGGGCAGGCACAGCCCAGCCCAGCCCAGCCCGCCCCGCCCCGGCGCUCCCGUUUCCCGGAGGAGGCUCCCGGGGAAACCGAAAGUGUGGGGUCGCUCCUGCCCGCCAGGCCAUGGCCGCUGCCAUCGAGCUGGAGCGGCUGCUGGCCGCCCUGGAGCUCAGGUGCUCCUUGUGCCUGCAGUUCUUCUGGGAGCCGGUGCGGAUCGCGGGCUGCGGCCACAGCUUCUGCCGGCGCUGCAUCAGCCGCUACGGCGCGGGCCGGCCCGGGCCCCCCUGCCCGCUCUGCAGGGAGCGCUUCGAGCUCCAACACCUGCGGCCCAACCGCGAGCUGGCCGCGCUGCUCCGCCUCAUCCCGCCCCAGCUCCGGGACGCGCUGGAAACACAGGAUGAACCCUCUGGAGCGGCUGACUGCGGCGACCGGAGACGGGAGAAGGAGGAAGAGAUAUGGGAAAGCUCCAAGCAACCAGAAAUGUCUGCAGAGACCAUCCCCCUGCUGAGGAGAGAUCUCGAUAAAACCAAGGAAUACACCUCUCAGAUCAAAAGCCAGAUUACUCGAGAUUUCUGUUGCAUGAAGGAAUAUGUUGAGAGACAAGAGAGAAACACACUGAUGUUCAUUGAACAAGAGCAAAAAGCUGCUCAGCAGAAGAUUGAAGAGACCAUUCACCAGCUCACAGACAGCAGAGCCCCAGCUAGUAACUUACCUUACAAAGGCUCACUUUCAAUAAUGAAUAAAAUUACACUUGACAAGAAGCUUCGUGUUGUCAAAAGUGCUGUAGAAGAUCUCAAGAGAAAGUUGGAAGUGUUACUUUUGGAGAAAUACCCUCAGCAAUUCCCACCAGUGCAGCCUUCAGACUGGUAUCAGGAGACAGGUGUGUGCUCAUCACCUCCAGAGCCUGCAGCUGGAAUUCCACACCCGGGCAUUCCAAGCCAGUUUUCUCAGUGGGCAGAGGACGUGACCUUUGACUGCACGAGAGCUCACGAGUACUUGGCCCUCAGAGCCCAGAACAGGAGAGUGGUGGUUUCCAGUCACCCCACCUGCUAUGAACCGUCUCUCAAGAGGUUCUGCAUCAGCCAAGUGAUGUGUUCCCAGAGCUUCUCCACUGGGUGCCACUACUGGGAGGUGAUUACCGAGGGCAGCGAUGGAUGGGCCGUUGGAGUCGCUCAGGAAAUGAUCGGGAAGAGGGACAAACUGGGAAGAACGGAGCAUUCCUGGUGUGUGGAAUGGCUGGGUUCCAAAAAGCAGCUCUCAGCCUGGCACAAAAAUCAAGAAACGUUGCUACACAAGGAUAAACCGCUGAAGGUUGGGGUUUUCCUGGAGCUCCAAAAGCAGACGGUGUCGUUUUACUCUGUCACCGACACAGAAAUGCUCUUGCACACCUUUGACCUCAGCACCUCCCACCCUCUCUAUCCUGCCUUCUGGCUGUUCAACCUGGAAAAAAAUGGAUCUUUAACUCUAACUCACCCAAACAGCAGAUGAAGCUCAGAAAAGGGACCAUUUUGCCAAUGACUUCUAUCCAAGCUUCAUUGUUUAGCACAGGAAUUUACCAAGGAAUGCAUUUCCUGGGAAUCAGUAACUGGCUUUUGCCUGCUCUGCCUCUCUCCAUGGUGUGCUCUGGUCUAGCCAUGCUUCAGUAAAGUAAUUCCAGUGUCUGCUGAAGGCAGGAACCAUCCCUGUGGGGAUCAAGUGGAUUUCUUAAGCAGCUUUAAGUAGUCCCAGGAUAUUCCUGGGAAGGAAUGCACCGAGGGAGCUCUAAGGCUGGGGAUAAGCCUUGCUCAUGGACCUCAUUUUUCCUACACUGAUCUAAAAAAUACAAGGCAGAUGAUGCCAUUA